AUGGAGUUUGGCCGUGCUGGUGUGCUGAAUGAAGAUGGCAUUCAUGUCGAUAUGGACAGGUUGAAGAAGGGUGAAGUCAACUUGGGUACCUCCAUUAUGGCCGUGACAUUCAAGGAUGGAGUUAUCCUGGGAGCUGAUUCGAGAACAACGACCGGUGCCUACAUUGCCAACCGAGUGACAGACAAACUGACCCGAGUACACGACACCAUCUGGUGCUGCCGAUCCGGUUCAGCCGCCGACACACAGGCCGUUGCCGACAUUGUACAGUACCAGCUGGGUCUCUUUUCCAUGACCAGCGGCCGGCCUCCGAUGACACAGACAGCGGCAUCCAUUUUCCAGGAGAUUUGCUACGCCAACAAGGACAUGCUAUCAGCUGGUCUGAUUAUCGCGGGCUGGGACGAGAGAUUCGGUGGCCAGGUGUAUUCUAUUCCCCUGGGAGGUUCAUUGCACAAGCAGGCGUACGCAAUCGGCGGUUCAGGAUCGACAUACAUCUACGGAUACUGUGACGCCAACUGGAAGGAUGGCAUGGAGGAGGAAGAGGCAGUCUCCUUUGUCAAGGGAGCGCUAAGAGAGGCUAUCAAAUGGGAUGGAAGCUCUGGCGGUGUCAUUCGCAUGGUGGUGUUGACCAAGAAGGGAGCCGACCGACACCUGUACCUACCGGAUACAGACUACAAGGUGCGACAACAGUAG